AUGCGUUCCUCGGUUGGUUUCGCCGCGCUUUACGCCGGCCUCACUAUGCUCUUGUCCCCUGUCGUGGCUCAAAACUCCACCACCUUCCCCGACUAUGUCCUGGCCAUGCCAGAGGCCGAGAGGAUCGCCCUCUCGCAAGUCGUCGAGGAUGACCCCAACGACAUCACCGACCCGGCAAAGGACUGGAUCAGCCCCCUGUACCCCUUGAUCUUCAAGACCCCCCUGCCCAUCCCUCCCAUCAAGGAGCCUCUCAAGAAGCUCAAGAACCAGAUCAGCGGUGGCGACAUUUGGUACUAUGAGAUGGACAUCAAGCCCUACUCCCAGCAGGUCUACACCGACCGUGGAGCUGCCCACCUUGUCGGCUACGACGGUGUAUCCCCUGGACCCACCAUCAUCGUUCCCCGUGGCGUUGAGACCGUUGUUCGAUUCGUCAACAACGCUGCUCUCCCCAACUCGGUCCACCUUCACGGUUCAUACUCGCGUGCCCCCUUUGACGGCUGGGCUGAGGACGUCACCAACCCCGGCGAGUUCAAGGACUACUACUACCCCAACCAGCAGUCCGCCCGCAUGCUCUGGUACCACGACCACGCCGUCCACAUCACGGCCGAGAACGCCUACAUGGGACAGGCCGGCGCCUACAUCAUCACGGACCCCGCCGAGGACGCCCUCAACCUCCCCGCGGGCUACGGCAAGUACGACAUCCCGCUGGUCCUGACCGCCAAGUCGUACCAGGAGAACGGCGACCUGGUCUCGACCAACGGCGAGGAGGACAGCUUCUGGGGCGACGUGAUCCACGUCAACGGCCAGCCCUGGCCCUUCUUGAACGUCGAGCCGCGCAAGUACCGCUUCCGCUUCCUCGACGCCGCCGUCUCGCGCUCCUUUGCCCUGUACUUUAGCCCCGUCGGCUCCAGCAGCGCCAAGAUCCCCUUCCAGGUCAUCGCGUCCGACGCCGGCCUGCUCGAGUCCCCCCAGCAGGUCUCCAACAUCUUCCUGGCCAACGCCGAGCGCUACGAGGUCGUCUUUGACUUUUCCCAGUACGCCGGCCAGGCCAUCGACCUGCUGAACCUUCCCGGCGCCGGCGGCCCCGGUGUCGAAAAGGACUACUCCAACACCGACAAGGUCAUGCGCUUCAUCGUGGGCGACAAGGUCGCCGCCCCCGACACCAGCGUCGUCCCCUCUGCUCUGCGCACCGUCCCCUUCCCCAAGCCCGUGACCAACAACGCCAUCAGCCACUUCUUCCGCUUCCACCGCCAAAAGUCCGAGUGGCGCAUCAACGGCAUCACCUUUGCCGACGUCAACAACCGCAUGCUCGCCAACGUCCCCCGCGGAACCGUCGAGAUCUGGGAGCUCGAGAACUCGUCCGGCGGCUGGUCCCACCCCAUCCACAUCCACCUGAUCGACUUUAGGGUGCUGGCUCGCGAUGGUCCCCGCUCCGUCAUGCCCUACGAGGCCGCCGGUCUCAAGGACGUCGUCUGGCUGGGCCGCAACGAAAAGGUCCUGGUCGAGGCCCACUACGCCCCCUGGGACGGCGUUUACAUGUUCCACUGCCACAACCUGAUCCACGAGGACCACGACAUGAUGGCCGCCUUCAACGUGACCGCCCUGCCCGACUUUGGCUACGAUGAAAAGACUCACUUCAUCGACCCCAUGGAGCAGCGCUGGCGUGCCAAGCCGUUCGGUGCUGCCGAUUUCAAGGCUCGCACUGGUGCCUUUAGCGAUGCCAACAUCGAGGCUGCCGUUGCCUUCCUGGCAGACACCGAUGCCUACAGCAAGGUCGACAUUGUGAACCAGAACCUCGACAGCUACUGGGCUGCCAAGGGUCUCAAGGCUCGCAAGGUUGGCGAGAGGCAGGCCGAGGGACCCAUCCCCCGCUACAUGCCGCGUCAGUGA